AUGCCGCCUAUGCCACCAGAGAGAGCGACGACUAUUGAAUUAUGGACAGAACCACUGGAAGCUCCGCCCCAGCCCCGGGCAAAAGAAGAUAAUGUGCCAAAGCUGAUUGAUAACGGUCCGCAGAAAACACCACCUACCGCGGAGCCUGAAGAUGGAGAGCCCCGUGAUGUCACCACCAAGACGAUAUGGAAAAAUGUUUUGGCGAUAAGCGUUGCGUUUAUGCUGUCUUACACGGCUUUCCAGUCCAUUCAGAACUUGGAAAGUAGUUUGAUAAGCGAGCAGAACUUAGGGACGUCGUCACUGAGUUGUGUAUAUGGCGUAUUCAUCUUAUCGUGCAAUGCAGCACCGUUCAUUAUCCACAACAUCGGCACUAAAUGGACGAUCGUACUUGGUCUCAUUGGAAAUGUAAUCUUUACCACCGUUCACUUCCAUCCGCAUCACUACACACUGAUACCUACUUCGAUUAUGUUAGGGAUACUUGCCGGGCCGUUAUGGUCCGCGCAAUGCACUCAUCUCAUCACCUGCGCCGUACGAUACGCCAGCAUGACAAACGAAACCAUCGACGUGGUCAUCUCACAAUUCACCGGUAUUUUCUACAUGAUGUAUGGCAUGACACAAAUAUUCGGCAAUGUCAUCUCCGCCGCUAUUUUAGAUCAACAACAUCCCAUAGAAAGCAACGAAACCAUCUAUUUAGAACGCACAUGUGGGGCUUACGACUCCGGUAUCAACGACAUUGACAGCACCGUAUUACCAUCACAGCACUCUCAGAAUAUCCUAUUCGCUGUUUAUGUCGUUUUUGGACUGGUAGCCGUGUUGGUUACUAUCCCGAUGGACACGUUAGAUUGGAUCCGAGGCGGUAAGCGUUGGGCAGAAGGCGAGGUUGUGAAUAUGUCGAUAGGAUGUAUGUGCAUGUCUACCAUCCAGAUGCUGCGGAAUCUAAUGUAUUGUUAUUGGUGUCGUUUUUAG